AUGGCCGCCGAGCAUGUCGCGGCUCCCGCAACGGUCGCGGAGGAGAAGAAGACUGUCGAGGCGGGCUUGAGCCGCGACGUUGUCGACGCCACAGGCAUUGCAUUUGUCGACCCCUCCGCCUCAACGACUCGGCUUCAGUAUCCUCCGGGGUUCCAUGAAAGGAGACCGUCCAGCGAGUGGGCCGACGAGAAGCUCGAGGAGGGAGAGCAAGAGGACACCUCGCCGCUGGGAUUAAGAGCUGGGGAGUUGACGGAAAUGGGGAUUGAAACAGCCGACAGUGACGAUGGGACCGACUAUCCAGGCCCGCUGGCGCUGGGGGCAAUACUGUUUGGGAUCUCGCUUGCUGCCUUUACACUUUCGCUGGACAGGAACAUCAUUACCACGGCAACCCCGGAAAUCACAUCACAAUUCCACUCGUACGACGACAUCGGCUGGUACGGCAGCGCGUACUUUUUGACGUCGUCAGCUUUCCAACCGCUUUACGGACGCAUCUACGGCUUGUUCGCGACCCGGUCGACAUUCAUGGUCUCGCUGGGCUGGUUCGAGGUCGGCAGCCUGUUGGCCGCUCUCUCGCCAAACUCCACCAUUUUGAUCCUGGGCCGAGCUGUCCAGGGCGUCGGCAGCGCAGGCCUCUUGACCGGCGCGUUCAUGGUUGCGACUCAGUCCGUGCGCAUGAAACAUCGUCCCGUGCUGUUUUCUGCGGUCGGCAUGCUGUACGGCGUGGGCGCCGUGUGCGGGCCCCUGCUCGGAGGUGUCUUUGUCAGUACAAUUGGGUGGCGCUGGUGCUUCUGGAUCAACCUUCCAAUCGGGGUGGUCGUCUUCGUCACGGUUUUCUUCUGUUUCGAGAACAAGUCUGUUCCCAGCGACACUUCGUUCCGGUCGUUCAUCCAACGAGUCCUUCGCUUGGACUUGAUUGGCAACGCGAUCAUGCUAGGUGGCACCACAAUGCUGUUCCUAGCGCUCCAAUUCUCCGAACAGAACCAUACCUGGUCGAGCGCGCGCUGCAUCGGCUUGUUGUGCGGGUUUGGCCUCACGAUUGUGACCUUUGUCGCGUGGAUGUUGUACCGCGGCGAUGACGCCCUCAUCCCGCCACGGAUCAUCCGACAGCGGACCGUCGCCGCCAGCUGCGGCGUAGGCGUCAUGAUCUACGGCGCGCUCUUGAUCCAAGUAUACUACCUGCCCAUCUGGUUCCAAGCCGUCCUCGGCAAGUCUGCCAUGGCCUCCGGCGUCAACAUGAUCCCUUAUAUGAUCGCCAACGCCAUCUUCGGGUUGAUGGCGGGCAUAUUCGUGUCCAAGAACGGCCGCUUUGUGAUCCCAGCCGUUGUGGGCUGUGCCAUCGGCACCGUUGGCUCCGGCCUGCUCGCCACCCUGAAGCCGGACAGCUCGACCGCGCAGUGGGCGGGCUUCCAGAUCCUCAUCUCGGCAGGGCUGGGCAUGGCCAUCCAGCAAGGGUUCACCGCCGUGCAGGCGACGUUGCCGCCCGACCAGGUGUCCAUCGGCACCGCGGCCGUCAUCGCAUCGCAGUCCUUUGGCGGCGCGAUCUUUAUCUCGAUCGGCAACACGCUGCUGCAGAACCAUCUCCUGAGCAAGGACCAGCAGGACGCCAUCCCGGGCGUCAACAUCCGCGCCAUCGUCGAGCUCGGCGCCACCGAGUUCCGAAAUAUCGUCCCCGCGGAGGAUCUGCCCAAGCUGAUCAACCUGUACAACGAGUCGCUGCAGGCUGCCUUCAUCGCCGCCGUGCCACUUUGCGGCAUGGCAUUCCUCCUCAGCCUAUGCAUGGAUUGGAAGAAGAUCCGGCCUUCAUCCUAA